GCCGUAACAGAGCGUAUGGGAGUUCAGGUUCAAGCGAGAAAGAUAGAAGUUGUAUACUCAACUCAACUCGUGUCGUUCUAUUUCAUUUUCUUCAUCGUGUUUGUUGAUGAUCAAAAAAUUAUGGCUGCUGCAAGAAGUUCACGUCAUGAUCCGGAUUCGGAUAGUCCUAUAGAUUAUGUUCAGAUCGAUGGACUGGUGGUUCUUAAAAUAAUAAAACAUUGUCAUGAAGAAGGGGCUGGAGUUACUGAUGUCGCACAAGGAGUAUUACUUGGUCUUGGAGUUGAUAAUAGGCUUGAAAUCACAAACUGUUUUCCUUAUCCCAGGCAUACUGAUGAAGAAGAUUUUGAUGAAAUGGAAUAUCAAAUGGAAAUGAUGCGUCAUUUAAGGCAUGUCAAUGUCGACCAUCUUCAUGUCGGUUGGUAUCAAAGUACCCAUUUUGGGAGUUUCUACAAUAAGCCCCUCUUGGAGUCACAAUUCAACUAUCAGAGCUCCAUCGAGGAGUCAGUUGUCUUGAUUUAUGAUCCCAUGAGAACCAGUAGGGGUUUCCUGUCUCUUCGUGCAUAUCGUUUGUCUAAUACUGCUAUGAAAUUAUAUAAAGAAGGAGAGUUCACUCUAGAUAUGUUAAAGAAUCUCCAUGUAUCUUAUUCAAAGAUGUUUGAAGAAAUCACAGUGAUAAUUCGUAAUUCUCAUUUGGUGAAUUUGUUGAUGUGUGAAAUCGCUGAUUGGAUGCCUGAGGAAGAGAAUAAUCAAUUUUUGGAUAUGGGGACUGCAUCUGUUCUUGAAAAGAGCUUGCAAGCAAUGAUGGAAUGUGUUGAUACAGUCAGUCAAGAAACAAACAAAUUGACCAACUACCAGAGACAAGUUAUCAAGCAGCAACAGGCUAAGAAUCAACACUUGCAGAAAAGAGAAGCAGAGAACAAGGCUCGAAUUGCCAAAGGUGAACCUCCAUUGCCUGAUGAUGACAUCAACAAACUCUUCAAAGCUAUUCCCCCUCCUUCUCGAUUGGAUGCAUUGUUAGUUGCUGGACAAAUUGACAGUUACUGUAAACAAAUAUCACAAUUUUCAGCUCAGAAUCUGGCUAAAUUGUUUAUGACUGAAGCAUUGCAACAAAAGUAAAUGACUGUUUUAUGUACAGUUAGUAUUAAACAAUUUUAGUAUUAUAA